AGAAGAUGAUCCAUAUUAGAAAAGAAAAGGGAAUAACCUUACCCUCACAUCAAUUUUAUUAUUUCUGAAUCUGAAUGAACUGGCAACAACGUUGCCUUCCAAUCAACCCAUCGCAGCAAGAACUGUUCCGUUUGCUCUUUCAGAUGUUUUUUUUGCUUUCUAUCUUCAUGUAAACAAAAUAACCUAAAUUUCGAGGUGAGUGCAGUUUAAGAGAGGGGAAUAUUAUGACUAGAAAGAAGAUACAGAUCAAGAAAAUCGACAAUAUCAGUUCGAGGCAAGUGACUUUCUCUAAGAGGAGGAAAGGGCUUUUCAAGAAAGCUCAGGAGCUUUCAACCCUUUGUGAUGCAGACAUUGCUCUUAUGGUUUUUUCUGCAACUAGUAAGCUCUUUGAGUAUGCUAGUUCAAGUAUGCAACAAGUAAUUGAAAGGCGUAAUGGAUAUUCAGCAAAUCAUAGAUUAUUGGACUAUCCAUCUACUGAUGAUCAGCUUCAGGUUGAGAGUGACUCAAAUCGCGAUACACUGCGAAAGAAAUUAGAAGAUAAAUCUCGUGAACUGAGGCAAUUGAACGGAGAAGAUCUGCAAGAAUUGACAGUACAAGAACUCCAGAAACUAGAGGUGCUUCUUAAAAGAAGUUUGUCUAGUGUUUCCAAAAUAAAGGAUGAAAUGUUUAUGCGAGACAUCGACACCCUUAAGAGAAAGGAAGUGGAACUGAUGGAAGAAAACCGAAGAUUGAAACAUGUGGUACCAGACCUUAUAAAUGUACGAUGGCAACAAUCAUUGGAAACUGUUAUCAGUGGUUCGUCUUUUUCUCUUGAAGACGAUGGCAGUGACACUUCUCUCAAGUUGGGGUUACCAUUUCUUAAAUAAAUAAAAUUUGAUUCAGAGGACUGUGAGAAGGAGACAACAGUUUCGAUGAUCAACCUAUUAAAUUCAGUAUUGUUACUUGCUGUUUAAACAAAAGUAAUGUAAAGUAGUUGAUAUAGUUAAGGAAAAUGAGGCCUUGGUUGUAGAAUUGUACUUCAAUGCACAAUUUGUUCUAUUUUCUUUUGCAAAUUAAUUCACAGCAAGUGUUUACAUUACAUAUAUGCCAAAGUUGAUGUAUAUACUA